UAGAUUUCAUUAGUUGUUAGCCUUUCAGCGCGAACGGCCGCUAAUUUAUUUUGUUUUUGUAGAAAAAAAAAGUUGUAAAAAAGAAGAAGAAAUAAAAUCGAAAAUCAGGUUCGUGUAGCUGCGCUUCUAAAUAACAAUAAAUCCGAUAAAUCGUACGGUCAGUGCGUGAUAUUAUUUGUGGUUCAAUUCAAAUUUUAUAAACUAAUUCUUCAGCAAAAAAUCGUUUGCUGUUCGUUUAGACGAGUGAUUAUUUUCCUCUGUUCAUUUUUACGUGAUAGAGUAACCUAAUAUAUGAACUUUGUGUUGGUAAUAAUGAUUUGAAAAUUGAAUAAAGUCCAAUUAAUGGAAUAUUAUUGUCGAUAUAUAUUGAUGACUAAUACGCUUCUUACGUUCGGCUAAGCAAAAUAAAAAAAAAAAAAUAUUGAAUACAAACACUUCUGGUAUGCGACUGUGAACCUGUGUAUAAAAUAAAGUGAAACACACACAACGUAUAGAGAGUUAUAACAUACGUUAGCAAACAAAUAAAGUUUAUAAAAAAAAACCGAAAGAAUUUUUGGUGUUUUCCUGUUUGUUUAUGCUGGACAGUUCAGCAAUAUUUUUUUUAAAUUAGUGGACAACACACAGUUUUGUUACAGUAAUGUGCGCUGAUAAAGUUUAUGUUUAAAAUGACGUGGAAUGCGUUGAUACUGACCUUGUCUUCAUGUUGGAAAGAUUGAGCGAAUGCACGGCUCUUCAUACGCAAAAACAUGAACCGAAUAGCGUUUACCACAAAUGGUCUACCAUUGCUCAUUUGUACGCAGCUCACAAUACUGAUGAUCGUCAUAUGUGUGCCACUAUGUAGUACCGGAAUUGUAAAAAGAGAAAUUGAAACGAAUAACGCAACCGAACCGAUUUGGGAGUCAGUAAAGAUCGUAAACAAUACAUCCGUUAAUGGAACCACAACGACGACAACGACAACAACAACAACAACAACACGAUCAACACCAACAACAAUCACAGAAUCAUCAUCGACCACACCAUCAACAACAAAAUUUACAUCAAUACCAAGAACAUCGCGAAGAACAUCAACAACGACCGAAAAACGUUCAACAACACAAGCAACAACCGAAAAAUAUGCAGAAUUAAUUUCGAAAAAUAAUGUGACAGUGGCCACAGAGACUAAUUCACAACCUGUUACCGCAAUCAGUCGAGAUAAUUUGGAUGAUGAUGCUGAGGUUAUCACUGAAUUUGAUGGAGGUGUUACGACAGAAGAGCAUCGAUUCGACUUGAGCAGGUACACAUCCGAUUACAACGGCUUCGAAAAAGAGCAAAGCGAUCACAAUGAGACCCAUCAACAGCUCACCAAUGAGGAUGAUAGUGAAAACGAUACCGAACGUGACAUGGCCACGUACAGCAUUGAUUACGAACAUAAUUUGCGUGAUAUGGUCUUGACCACCCCGGAGACAUCGUAUUUCGAUCAGAAGCAUAAGGAAUACGAAAUUGACAGUGAAAACGACAAAAGUAUGGACCGUUAUCGGGACGACAAUAAAGCAGCAGCAAAAGAUGCGUCUAAUGUGAUCGACAGGAAAUUCGAUUCCGACUCGCUGCUGAAUGACAUUCACGCGAAUUCAACGGAAGAGCGAAAGCAGACGACGUAUCUGAACAAAGCCGAAUUGGAAAGUACCAAGUACGACGUUUCAACCAAUGAAAUAAAAAACAGUACGGAAGCCAAUAGCACCAUUCCCGGCGAAAAGCGGGCGAAAUUUAUGCAAGAAGGAAGUCACGUCAAUUUAACAAUUCCUAGUGAUAAUGAUGUCUGGGCAUUAGCCAGUAUGAAAAAUGUGGAGCAUAGUAAGAACGAGCAAGGACAAUUUUACAAUGUGUCGACAGUUGAUAAAGAGCCGGACGAUUCACACAACGGCACUUUGGUCACUAAACAACUAGCUGAUUGGACGUCGAUUACGAAAAAUAAUGAUUUUGCCAACAACAGCUACACAGCGAACAACUUCAGCAGUAACGUUGCUCGGUUAAGAGAGCAUUUAGCUGAAGUAAUUAGAAACCUAAACCGAACCAACCAGCUACGGAACAAUAGAACCAGCUACUACAAUAACACCCGAGGCAGACUAAAAUAUCAGCCGAAUAAGCCGAUCAUAACGACAGAUCAAGAUACGGCCAGUCAAGAAAAUCAAAUUAUUGCCGUUAGACUGACCACACUUCCACCGCCAAUCGUUCUGACGCGAAAUUAUUCACAUACUACUUCAGCGCCUCCAGCAGAACAUCCGAAAAUCAGUGAUUCACAAAAUAACUUCCAAGAUGCGAAUGAUGAGUCAACUGCAAGUGUUACCACAGAUACAGUUACGGAAAUGACUACAGAGAACAAUGACAUGGACAUCGAAACGACAAUCACUCCGACGCAGAGCGUGGACGACAGUCAGAAUGAAUUGAAAACGAGAUUCCGAAUUAAAAAUGUGACCACGACCAGACCAGCAGCUGGGACUGAAUAUGAGACUACAACUGAUCGAACGUUGCAGUUUACAACCGAAAUCGAACAAAAAACGUCUUCCGCUAAUGUUGACGACUUGGUGACCACAACUCAAGCCUAUGAAACAACAACAACAUUCUUAUCGACUGCCGAACCAACUGAUUCCCACACGACAACGGAACAGGACUUCCCCACCACAAAUCGUGUAAAUCUCGAAACAGAAUCGAUUACCGAAAUCGAUGAUGAUGUCGAUCGCACUACUAAUGAUCAAACUACGCUAACCACGGGAAGUUUCCCGAUGUCAACAGAAAAUGAAAUCUUAGAAUCCCAGUCGUCGACGCUGCUUCCACAGUAUGUCGAAAUUGAAAAAACUACCGAAAUGAAGAAGCCGACAACGGAAACAGUCCAUACUUCUACUGAUUACCUUGAACCGACCACGACCGAAGUCGUCGAAAGGAAAAUGAACAAAGGAAUAAAUUCAAUACCAGAUGCGGAAGCAGACAAUGCACGAGAACUAACAACCACCAUAAUCAAUCUGAAUAGGGACGAAUACAAGUACAGCACCGUCAAAAGUCGCUUGGAAGAAGCAACGCAAAGUCCUCAUGCGGUGGAUGCCAUUCCGGAAGUGGUAGACGACCCAUCAUCGACGACUGUCGGUCAAAUUCCAGACGAAUAUUCUUCGGACUCUCCGGAUACGAAUACAGUUAUAGCCAUUUCAAUUAGCGUUGUCGGCGUUGCAGUCAUUGGAGUUGUUCUUGCCGUCCUAUUCGUAUUGCGGAAACGAAAGAAGCAGCUGACGUAUGGUCAACGGUGUCGUCCGGUUGGCCUAGACGCGUACAGUUUGGACAAUGUUUCCGUGUAUAAUAGUGUGCGCCGGAAGGGUAUGCUACGAAUGUCGAAACGUUCGUAUGGGAAUGCUGCGUUUGAUGAUCCCGGACUGAAGAAUAAUUUAUUAACUGGAGCUGCAUUGGCAGCUUAUUCGCAAAAGAAGAACGAGAUUUAUGAGGAGUUCAAAGAGCUGCCAGCCGUUACGGCGCGAAUUGAAGAAGUUCCAGUUGGCUGUGAAGAUAAGAAUAGAUACGCGAACAUAGUUCCGUUACCAGAGACUCGAGUUUUCCUAAAGCGGAUCGACGAUGACGAAAAGACCGAAUACAUCAACGCCAAUUUCGUGAAAGGGCCCAAAGACAACUCUCACUACUACAUUGCCUGUCAAGCGCCAUUAGAAUCGACUAUCGUUGACUUCUGGCGCAUGAUCUGGGAACAGAAUUCGCGAGUGAUUAUCAUGGCUACGGAUCUGAUCGAAAACGGAAUCGAACAAUGCAGCGAAUACCUUCCUCCAUCAUUCGUUAUCGAUAAUCACGUGACAUUUGGCGACUUUCACAUAACACUGAAACAUCGCGAGGUAAAGGACAAAUACGCAAUGUCCAUGGUGCAUUUGAAGAAUAUGAAUACGAAUACGUGGCGAGAAGUCACGCAUUUCUGGUAUCAGUGGCCGGACACCGGUGUACCAACCGAACAGUCGUCCAUCAUCGACUUGUUGUUGGAAGCUAGAGGAUAUUUGAAGGUGUCGACGUCCGAUCAAAUUGAUGAUAAUGAGAAUAGUCAAAGCAACAAUGGAAACAUCGCCGUUGGCAACGGAAAUGUGGAUAAAUCAAAGUCUUUGUUGCGAACGCAAGGACCACUAACGGUACAUUGUUCCCCGGGUACUGGUCGCACCGGUACAAUUAUUGCAUGUGAUAUAGCAUUAAGAGCAUUGGAGCAGCCAACACGGUCUGUUGAUAUUCCACAAAUUGUAUAUUUCGUACGGAGAGGACGAGCAAGCGCUGUUCGCACUAGAGAGCAGUAUGAGUUUAUUUAUAAGGUAGCAAAUGUUUAUGCAGCAAAACUUACAGGACCAGCAACAGAGAACUGAUUUUUUUUUUAAAUAAGUUUAGUCCACAAAUUACAAAAUCCCUAUCGGGUUACACAAAUAAAUAGAAAAAAUCUUUAAAACAAUAAAUUUACCAAAGCAACGAAAUAA